CUCAUCACUCCUCCUUUAUUUACCGAAAGCAGCCAAGUGCUCACAGUCGGAACUUUGCUCGUGUUCGGGUCGAACGUCGCCCACCACAUUGACCAAAGCGAUAACGCACACUCACGCACAUGCAGAGCCCGUCAGAGUACCGCAGCACUGCCCACGACGGGCCGCUGGGCGAGACGAGAUCGCCAACGCCGGCUGGUGGUGCCGCUGACGAUGAUGGGACGCAGCUCUACACCCGCCGCUGGGCCGUGCUUGCCCUGUUUGCACUGCUCUCCUUUAGCAAUGCCGUCAUGUGGAUUACAUUCAGCCCCAUCUCGUCCAUUGUCGGCGAGUGGUACGACAAGAGCGACUUUCUCGUCAACUGCCUCUCCAUGGUCUACAUGGCCGUCUACAUCCCGCUCGUCUUUGCGUCCGGCUGGAUUUUCGACCGACCAGGCGGUCUGCGCUCUGGAACAAUCUGGGGAGCCCUUCUCAAUGCCGCAGGUGCAUGGAUCCGAUAUGGCGGCAAGGCUGCGAGCGGCUUUGCGAUUCUGAUGGCUGGUCAGGCAGUCGCGUCUGUUGCUCAGACAUUCAUUUUGGGCGUGCCAGCGCUUCUGGCAGCAACAUGGUUUGGGCCAAAGGAGCGAUCGACGGCUACUGGUCUCGGUGUGCUCGCAAACCAGGUCGGCAUUGCCUUUGGCAUGGUCCUGUCACCACAGGUGGUUGAUGUUGGCGGUGAUCUUGGCAAUUACCUUUUGGCGCAGGCUAUUGCGUGCACGGCAAUUGCCGUUGGCAUUUGCGUCUUGUUUUCCGGCAAUCCACCAAAGCCCCCAAGCCAGGCUGCUGCCAAGCAGCUGCAGCAGCAGCAAGCGCGUUCACACCACGGGACACAGGCCAACUUUUCACACGAGAGCUUGCACAAGCUUUCAGACCACGAUCAUCACGAUCACCACGACCAUCACGACGACGAGAUGAUCCACGACCCGAUUGCGGCGCGGCGAGCGCUGAUCGGGGUGACUGCGCAUUCCGCAGCUCCCCUGUCGCAAUCGACCCAGCUUUUGUCCCCAACAGCCCCCAGUGAUGGAAUGGGGUACAUUCAGGGCGUGCUACACUGUCUGAAAGACCGCGAUUUUGUCCUGUUGUUGCUCGCGUAUGGCAUCAACGUGGGCGUCUUUUACGCAGUCACGACCCUGCUCAACCAGAUUCUCACGCCCCGGUUCCCCGGCGAAGAGGUGCAGUUCGGCUGGAUUGGCUUUGUCGUCGUCGUCAGCGGCUUGGCGGGAUCGGUGCUGAGUGGUGUCUACCUCGAUCGCACCGGCCGUUUCCAGCUGACUACCAUGGUCAUCUACCUCUCCACCACCAUUGGCAUGGUGUUCUUUUCGCUCGCUGUCGAGUACACGGGGCUCGCGCCCAUCUACGUUGCGUCGGGCUUUUUGGGCUUUUUCGUAACUGCGCUCCUCCCCGUCGGGUUUGAGUACGCGGCAGAAAUCUCCUUCCCCGUCGCCGAAAGCACCUCGUCCGGGCUCGUGAAUUGCAUAUCGCAGGUGUUUGGCAUUGUAUUAAUUGUCGGCAUCGGCGAGCUCCAGAAUUCCGUCGGAGUCUCGGCGGGCAACUGGCUGCUCACUGGCGCACUUGGCCUCGGUCUUGCUGCCAUGUAUCUGACACGAGAGCAACUACGGCGGCGGCAGGUGGACAAGACGUUUGCGAUUCAAUAACGCAGCAGUUUGUUGGAUGCAUGUGUUUGCCCCCCCCCCCUGCUUUUUGUUUAACUUUCAAAUGGUUAAAAAAAAAAACCAAAAACCAAACCCGAA